AGAAGAGCGGUUGAAAAUGGCGAUGGAGAUUGCGACACCUAUUCCUGCUCCGGCUCCGGCACCAGCGCCGGAGAGAAACGUCGUCGCGGAGGAAACGGCGGCGGCGGAGAAUCAGAAGAAGAACAGGAUCCAAGUGUCCAACACCAAGAAACCGUUGUUCUUCUACGUUAAUCUCGCUAAGAGAUACAUUCAGCAGCACAACGAGGUGGAACUCUCUGCACUUGGAAUGGCCAUCACAACAGUGGUUACAAUCUCAGAGAUCUUAAAGAACAACGGGCUAGCGAUCGAGAAAAAAGUUUUGACUUCCACAGUGGGAAUGAAAGAUGAGAACAAAGGGCGAGUGGUUCAGAAGGCCAAGAUCGAGAUUGUUUUGGGGAAAUCCGACAAGUUCGAUUCAUUGAUGACACCGGCUACCACCGAAGCUCCGGUCACGGAGACGGCGGCUGCGGUUGAGGCAGAGGCAAAGGCACCGGAAGCCACCGCAAAAGAGGGCAAUGAAUAAUUCGAGAGAGAAAAAAACAAUACAUAAAACUGGAAUAGCCACAGUGAGA